AUGGAGCCACCGGCAAAGAAGACGCGCAUGCUUCUCGAUGACGAUAAUUCCAGUGACACUGGAGAUGAGUCUGGUGGAGUUUCAAUCAACAAUCAGUCGAAUGGAUUUAAUCUUAAGAUCAACGAAGAGUAUGCCCGUCGUUUUGAGCACAACAAGAAGAGGGAGGAAAUGCAGAAAUUGGAAGCAAAACUAGGCAAAAGUUCAGCCUUUGGGAAACGCCAUGCAGAAGAUGAUGGAGCAGACUCGGAUGAGUCGUCUACAUCCGAAGAAGAGGAUGAGGAUGGGGAAUUGGCUACUACCGCGAUCGACGCUGAGAUUAUGGCGACUUUGAAGGCAAUCCGAUCAAAGGACCCACGUGUAUAUGACAAGGACGCUCGAUUUUACACCCAAGAAGACACAAGCGCCAAGCCAGACGAUGCAAAGAAGGGGAAGCAGAUAUCAAUGACCCUUCGAGACUAUCAUCGGGAGAAUCUUCUGAGUGGCAACCAUCUAGCAGAGGAUGAUGCCUCUGACGCUCCGAAGACAUACGUUCAAGAGCAGGCAGAUCUGAAGAAAAAAAUCAUCCAGGAAAUGCAUGCCGCUGCUGAUGAUGGAGACCGGGCCCCGGACGAUGAUGAUGAGGAUGAGAAUUUUCUUGUACGGAAGUCUGCACCAGCGCCAGCUUCGCGACCUCAGGGAGACAUCCCCCUGGACAUCGAAAAUGCAGACAAAGAUCCAGAGACUUUUCUAUCGAACUUCAUGUCCGCACGGGCAUGGAUCCCUGCGGACAAAAUGAAUCUGCAACCUUUUGAGUCGGAUGAUGAUGAGGAGGAGGAGCGGGCCGAAGCCUUCGAAGAGGCAUAUAACUUCCGCUUUGAAGAUCCUAGCAAGAUUAAUACCCAGCUGAUCACCCACUCUCGUGACACUACAAAUCAACAAUCAGUCCGCAGAGAUGAAAAGAGUGGCAGGAAAAAGCUACGAGAUGCUGAGCGGCAGAGAAAAGAGGAAGAGAAAAAGCAACGCGAGACGGAGAAGAACCGUCUUCGUAAGCUGAAGAUGGAGGAGCUCCAAGAAAAGGUCAACAAGAUUAAGGAGGUUGCAGGCCUUCACGCAUCCAAAUUCACUGACGAGGACUGGGCGAAGUUUCUGGAUGGCGCUUGGGAUGACAAGGAUUGGGAAAAGGAGAUGCAGAGGAACUUUGGCGAGGAUUACUAUGCAGAGGAGGAUGAACAUGGGAGUGAUGGCGAGAAGAAGCGACCGAAGAAGCCCAAGUGGGACGACGACAUCGACAUCACGGAUCUUGUGCCAGAUUUCGAAGACGACGAAAAGCCCGCACUGGAUCUGUCGGACGUUGAAAUGGUGGAGGAUGCGGAUGACGCUGAUGAAGGUGCUUCCAAGAAGAAGAGCAAGGCCCAAGAGAGAAGGGAUCAGAAGAGAGAAGCUCGCAAAGAUCGGCUCCGCAUCGAGGAAGCCGUUGACCGCAAUUUGGACCUUGACGUUUCCCUCCUUCCGGGAGCAAGCAAGAAAAAUACUGGUCAUUUCCGCUAUCGUGAAACCUCCCCGCAGAGUUUUGGCUUGACUGCGCGGGACAUUCUUAUGGCUGAUGACUCGCAUCUUAAUCAGUUUGCCGGGUUGAAGAAGCUUGCUUCAUUCCGGGACGAGGACAAGAAACAUAGAGACCAGAAGAGAUUGGGCAAGAAGGCUCGACUGAGGCAAUGGCGUAAAGACACUUUUGGCAAUGAGGAGGGUCCCAUUUUUUCCUUUGGCGGCGACAAGCCAAUCCAGAAAGACGAUGCUACUGAGGAUGGCCAGGUUGAUAUCCGAGAGGGAGAGCCCCGGAAGAAGAAGAGAAAGAGGUCCAAGAAGCACUAA